UACCAGCAUGCCUGUCAUCAGAACCCUCAGCAAGGUGGCCAAGCAGGCCCUGCUCAGCACCCCGGGGUGCGGCUGCCCCUCUAACGGUGCUGUACGCAGCAUCAGCUUCUCCCCUCGACAGGUGACGUCUGACGCCAGCUUCCACUCCGUGUCCUUCUCAGAAACAGACCACCCCAAGGUGCUCAUUACAGGUGGCCUGGGUCAGCUCGGGGUGGGGCUCGCCAAAUUGUUGAGGAAGAGGUAUGGAAAGAACAACGUCAUUUUGUCUGACAUCAGGAAACCUCCAAGCAACGUCUUCCACAGUGGCCCCUUCAUCUACUCAGACAUUCUGGACUACAAGAACCUGCGGGAAAUUGUGGUGAACAACCGUAUCACUUGGCUGGUUCACUACAGCGCCCUGCUCAGUGCUGUUGGAGAGGCUAACGUGGCCCUAGCGCGCUCUGUUAACAUAACCGGGCUUCACAACAUCUUGGACAUUGCAGCAGAGCACGGCCUGCGUCUUUUUGUCCCAAGCACCAUCGGUGCCUUCGGCCCCACUUCUCCCCGCAACCCCACGCCAGAUCUCUGUGUGCAGAGACCUCGCACCAUCUAUGGUGUCUCCAAAGUCCAUGCUGAGCUGAUGGGAGAGUACUAUCACCACCGUUACGGCCUGGACUUCCGCUGUCUCCGCUACCCAGGAAUCAUCUCUGCUGACUCCAUGCCUGGGGGUGGCACAACAGACUAUGCCGUCCAGAUCUUCCACGAUGCAAUCAAAUCCGGCAAGUUUGAGUGCAACUUGAAACCCGACACACGGCUGCCCAUGAUGUACAUUGACGACUGCCUGCGUGCAACGCUGGAGGUGAUGGAGGCGCCAGCUGACACGCUGAGCAUGAGGACCUACAACAUCAACGCCAUGAGCUUCACCCCCGAGGAGCUGUCCCAAGAGCUCCAGAAGCAGAUGCCUGAGCUAGAGGUCACGUAUGAUGUUGACCAUGUGCGACAGGCCAUCGCUGACAGUUGGCCAAUGAACUUCGACGACUCCAACGCACGGAAGGACUGGGGCUGGAAGCACGAUUAUGAUCUACCAGAGCUUGUCCAGACGAUGCUGAACUUCUUUGGCACAGAAACGCGCAUGGCUCGUGCUAACUGAGGGGGGGAGGGGUGCACAAUAUUUUUCCGAUCAUUCUUUGUAAAUAAUGUAAAAACUGAGUAAAGAGAAUAGAGAAAUGUGGCUGUACAUAUUCGUUCUCUCUCUGUCUCUAUAAAAUCAGAAGGCCUCUACUUGCCUGGCACAAGGCUACCAUGUCUCCAGAAUGUAAAGGUCAGUGCAGGGCUAGACAGUCCUGCCCCACUCCUGCCUAUCUGCCCCUGCUUUGCAAUCUUCCCCCCUUUCUCCUUGGAGGUUUGAUGAGGAGCUGAUUUCCGCAAUAUCAGGGAUAACGACGUGGCCUGUGAAAACCUGUUUUGGUGAAAAAGAAGAUGUCUUGCAUGUUGAUGAACUGCGCAAAAUUCUGCAAUUUUUUCUUUGCAAAAAUUAAUUUAACAAACUGAGAAUGUUGCAUUGUGUAAUUGUUUCUACCAGCUUUUCUUUGGAAAUCCAAAUCGGUCAGGGUUUUGGUUUCUAAAUUUCCAAGGAUUUGUUAAAAUUCAGGUAUUCAGGGCCUAAAGCUCCUGGGGCUAAAUCAAGUGACUUUGGAUUGAGGGGUGUGCAAAUGCACAAGUUGUAUCCUUUGAUGCGCUUUAGGCAGAUUUUGUAACUUCAAUUGUAAAUUCAAUACUGACCAGUAAAUGAGUCUAAUAAUCUGUCUGGUGAUUUCUGAUACAGCGUGGCUGUAUUCUGAGCCGUGUGGAGCAGUGAUUCUUAAACAGUAGCUCUUCUGUUUAUUCCAUGUAUCAUUAUUUAUUCUGUCUGUUAAAAUUUGGGAGCUCCAUCCAGUGAAAGCAUUUCUUAACACUCUUAUUUCUAAGUGUUCUGUCGACUGUUUUUUUUUUUUUUUUUUUUUUUUUCCAUCAACUCUGUGGGAUUGUUUUCACACAAAAAGGAAAUGUGGCACUGUAUGCCAUAGUUGGUGGUUUGUAUUUCAACAUUUUGUAAAAGAAAUGCUGAUAUGGUUUACCGUGUGAAAGUCUUAGCAGGUUCUGUUCUUUCAAUCACACCGAGCAUUGGCAAUAAAACCUUUUCCAAGUA